AUGUUGACUGCAUUUGGGUCUGACACUCGGACCCUGGUCCUCUCUGCUAUUCCCAGUGGCGUGGAGGACAACCAGGUGGUGCUGGAGAUCAAUCCCAAGGACUCGGGAAAGCUAGGCAGAUACAUCCCGCCAUUGAUCUGGGGGAAGAGUGGACACAUCCAGACAGCCUUGUAUGGGAAGAUGGGAAGGGUGAGGUCGCCACACCCGUAUGGACACCGGAAGUUCAUCACCAUGUCUGAUGGAGCCACGUCUACAUUCGACCUCUUUGAGCCCUUGGCUGAGCACUGUAUUGGAGAUGACGUCACCAUGGUCAUCUGCCCUGGAAUCGCCAAUCACAGCGAGAAGCAGUACAUCCGCACCUUCGUGGACUAUGCCCAGAAAAACGGCUAUCGGUGCGCAGUGCUCAACCACCUGGGUGCCCUCCCCAACAUCGAGCUGACCUCGCCACGCAUGUUCACCUACGGCUGCACAUGGGAGUUCGGCGCCAUGGUGAACUACAUCAGGAAGACGUAUCCUCUCACCCAGCUCGUCGUCGUGGGCUUCAGCCUGGGGGGGAACAUCGUGUGCAAAUACUUGGGGGAGACCCAGGCGAACCAAGAGAAGGUUCUGUGCUGCGUCAGCGUAUGCCAGGGCUACAGCGCGCUGAGGGCCCAGGAGACCUUCAUGCAGUGGGACCAGUGCCGGCGCUUCUACAACUUCCUCAUGGCCGACAACAUGAAGAAGAUCAUCCUCUCACACAGACAAGCUCUUUUUGGAGACCACGUGAAGAAACCCCAGAGCCUGGAGGACACAGACUUGAGCCGGCUCUACACGGCCACGUCCCUGACGCAGAUCGAUGACAACGUGAUGAGGAAGUUCCAUGGCUACAACUCCCUGAAGGAGUACUAUGAGGAGGAGAGCUGCAUGAGGUACCUGCACAGGAUUUAUGUGCCUCUCAUGCUGGUGAAUGCAGCGGAUGACCCGUUGGUGCAUGAGAGCCUUCUAACCAUUCCCAAGUCUCUUUCAGAGAAGCGGGAGAACGUCUUGUUUGUGCUGCCUCUGCACGGGGGCCACCUGGGCUUCUUCGAGGGGUCCGUGCUGUUCCCCGAGCCCCUGACGUGGAUGGACAAGCUGGUGGUGGAGUACGCCGAUGCCAUUUGCCAGUGGGAACGGAACAAGUCCCAGUGCUCCGACACGGAGCAGGUGGAGGCCGAGCAGGAGUGAGCCGCUGGACCCCCGCGACUCCAGCCCUCCGGAAGCCGCGUCCUUCCCCGCUGUCUCGGACCUCACACUGUCAGCCGGCAGGGGGGAACCAUCCACCCGCAUACCUGGGUCAAGUAGGCGGCUCUCCCUGGGGCUGCAGGUUAUUUUUGUGCUUAGUUACUGGCUUUCCCCAUCCAGUCUGUUAGCCAUGGGGACAAGCGACCUGACGCUCGCCUCCUGUCGAAUCUCAGCGUCCGACCUCUUGUUAGCCAGUCACAUCUAGUUUCCCUAUUAAAAACGUGUCUGAACUGCAGUUUUGCUUUGCCUAUCCGAAGGCUUUUCCCUGACCACGUGUCACCUUGUGACCACUGUGCGUGUCCUCGAGUAGACCCGGACAGACGCCCACCAAGCCAGGCCGGUGCCCAAGGCACAGCUAAGCUUGGGAGCCCAAGGACCUGGUCUCCAGGGCUCCGAGUUCUGUCUCUUACCUGGCAAAGGAAAGGGCCCCGGGGGUGGAGCUCAGGGGUGGGGCUUUGCCAAGCAGGCUCCAGGCCCUGGGUUCCAUCCCCAGCACGGCAGAUUGAAACCCAUUCCCGCCCGUUGUUAGCCAGCUUUCUCCCUCACCUGCAAGCCGGUUUCUCAGUCCUGGCUUACUGCUGCAGAGGGUCGCACGGGGCACUUUUUACAAAUUUGGCCUCCCAGGCCCCUCCCCUCGGAGAGGCUGAUUGAGUGGGGGGGUGGGAGGAGUCUGGGGAUUUUAAUUUUUAACAAGUGCCCCAGGGGACUCUCAUCACCAGGCAGAGAUUGGGGACCGGAUUCUCCAGCGCCUUCUCAAUCAGGAGCCAUUGGUGGCUCAUUUUGUUGAACUCCUAUAACCAAGUGUCUCUUUUCCACCCAGGACCCUAGCUGGUCUUGGAUUACAUGGUGACUUUCUCCCAUAGCCCUGGGUGUGAGUGGACGUGUGGGCUGAACCCUGGCUCUACUACUUCUCAGUGAUGAAACCGGGGGGCUUCACCAGGGUGACCACCAGUUCUGAAGUCACAGUGCUGACGCUCGCUCGGGCGAGCACCCCUCCAGUCCAGCCUGGGGCUAGCUCCCAUCUAAGCAUGUAGAUGUCCUCAUGUGUCUUUCUCUUUUCGCUCCUCCCCCCGUCCAUGUAAAGAGAUUUGCGGGGGAGGAGGAGCUUUAAAGCACUCAGUUGUAAUUUUUAGGUUUUGAACCCAGGCCCCUCUACCUCUGGCUUUUUGAUACCAAACAAUUCAAAAGCCGGAUCUGAGUUUGAAGACAGAUUGUAUCCGACCUACAAGGCGGGUGUUGAUUGCAAGCAGCUUUCAUGGACUGGCUCCUGGGUGGUGCCUGCCCAGGCACCUCUGUGACACCUUUGUCUCUUGAGGCGGACACGUCACUGUAGGAUUCAAGAGCUCCUGCCUGCAGCCCUGCAGCUCCUGAGAAGCUAAGAGCCCAGUGCUGUGAAAGCCAGCAGCGGCUGCCUGGAACUGGACAGAACUGUGAGGGAAGUCAGCUGGACACCGUAACAAGAUGCUCGUUGGGCUGGAGGACAGACUGGAAUGUCGGGAGUGGGUCUGCGCGUGCGUCUCAGCAGUGACUGGAGCCACCGGAACGCAUGGUCUUGGCCGCUGGCAGCUUGACCUCAGGCCCUGGCCUGGGCUGUGACUUCCAUAACCUGAGUUGUUUUCUGACAAUCACCAGGUCACCCUAAGUAACACGAGACACAGCCAUUGGCUCAGAAGAUUCCCUUUCUGGGCUCUCAACUCUGCCAUGGUCUCCUUUUUCACGUUCACCAGAUCCCUACAUUUUGCUUUUCCCCCAGCUCAUCAUUUCUCCAAUGCAUUUUUUAUGUUCUUUUUUAGCACAAAAUAGCACUUUAUUACCUACCCCUUCAUUUGGAAGCCAGUUCUUCUCCUCUGACUCUUUCCUCUCUCCAACCACAGUUAUACUCUAGAAGAUUCAGACGUAUUUCCUGCACUUGCUUUCAUUCCUCCAGAUUUUUUGUGAAAAUAGGUGAACCAAGCAAUAAUUCAGUAGAUUUGAAUCCCGUUUCAUCUGCCUGGGGCCCCAUCGCCACCUACUGACAGGGAGCGGUCCAGCAGCGCCCCCUUCUGGAGAAGAGUCCCAUUGCCCGCAGCGGUGAUGGGGGUGCAGUGUCCUUGCCCCCCAGGGGUAUGGACUUUGCCACUGCACAGCCGGAACCCCCGCCCCCAAGAAGGAGGACGCAUCCCAGCUGGAAUCUCAAUGUGUGACUGAAUGGCACUCACAUUCCAUUUUGGUUCACAUGAAACGAACUGAGGCCCUUUCUUCAUUCAGGCCCCAGACCCACAGGCCUGGGAACGAGCUGAGACUGAGGCUGUCUUUCAGCAGAGUCUCUUUGCCCAGGGCACAGAGCUCCCAGUGCAGGAUGAGCCUGGAGCGCCACUUCCUCAUGGCCACGUGACUGCUCUUCUUCCUAUUGAGGUCCUGUCUGGCCUAAAACAAGACUGGAUUUCUAGAGUGCUGGAACAUUCUACUUUAAAAUCAAAGGAACCAUGUUAAAAGCCAAAGGGGAGAUGGACCCACAUUUCCCCAGUUGUCCCCCCACCCCCGCAAUUUGGAGAUGCUGAUUCCAGUCACAUCAGGACUGUCCGACUCAAAAACAACUGGCCUCUCUCCGAAGCAGUGAUGUAAGAAGGGAGGUUUGCAGACUUGGGGAAGAUCCAUGGUCUUGGUGGGUCUGGGCAAAUUUGUACCAACAGCCCUCACGCAGAGCAGAGAUGGCAGGCUGCGGCUAUUGUGAUCCGUAAGCUCCGUUUGCUUUCCUGACGUGGUGUCCGGGAGGUGUGGCUGCUCCCCCGUGUCUCUAGUCACCUUAGUGAUGACUGGUCCCUCCAACCCCUCCCAGCUCAUCGCUAAGACAGCUCCAUCCUCCGAGGCAUCCUGUGCCCGGCCACGGCCCUGGCCUCCCCAGAGCGGCAGGUGGACGCAGCUGGGCCGCAGCCCCGGGCUCGCUCGUCUCCGGGGAGCCCUUGGAGAGGGAGUUGUGCAUUCAGCCUUUCCUCAUUAGAGCCCUGGACCCCGUCCAAGGCCCCAUCUUUGGCUUCUUUUUCCAAGUCUGUCACCUCUGUGUCCUUGGGUGGUCUCGUGACCGUGGCAGGUGCUGGCCACUGGGAUGAGAGACAGAUGCCAUCUUGCCGCGUCACCCGUCAGAAAGCGCUUCCUGCUCAGCCUUUCAUUCCCAGACCAUCUUGGCCGCGCUGAACUCUGGGUUGCCGAGCUUGUCCGAGGCCUGGCAUCUGGAUGAGAGCUGCCUUUGUGUCUGGGUGAUCUGAGCUGGGUUUUGGACUUCCGGGGAAACCGCGGGGUGUGUGUUCUUGUGUGUGUCUGCCAGCGGCAGGUGUCGGAGAUGUGAGCGCCCUUUCUGUUCCCAUGGUCUCGAUCUUGAUGUAGCGCUAAGGACCCCUGACAGCCUGUGCUGCUGAAGGAAGCCCGCAGACGGGAGGGCUGGCAGGGAAAGCGUUCCAUUGCAGCGUCCAGCCCAGCGUCGCCCAGAAUUGUCAUCCUUGCCAUGAAGCCUUAACUUGCUUUGGAAGCCCCCCUGGCAUUACAGCAACAUCGUGAACAAGGCUCAAACCCACAGCCAGACCAGGACAUCCUACAGCAGACAGGAAGGGUCCUUGUCACGUGACACCCCAACCUCCCAGGCCUCAACAAUC